AUGUCAGAUAUACCGGUGCCUGAAUUUACUUUUGGAAAGAGUCUACUAUUUGAUUUUGAUGGGAAUGAUACAGAAACCUCAAAUGAAACUGAUCAAUUGCUCCAAUUUAUUAGUGGUGAUGGUACGAAAAUAUCCAUGAACAGGAAGAAGAAGAAGAGUAAGGAUGUGCAGAGUAUGCGUAGUGACGAGGAUAUCCUGGGGAUGAAUCAAGGUAAUACUGAAUGGAAACAAGAUGAUUCCUAUGGUAUAAAUAUUAGUGCAUUGUUAGAUAGAAUAGAAGCUCGAAGUAAUGACACUGAAGUUACCUCCGUGGCAACUUCGAAUGGUAAAGAUGACUAUGUGACUGAUAAGGAUCAUCAAUUAUGGGUUGAAAGAUGGCGUCCCAAGAAUUUCCUAGAUCUUGUUGGUAAUGAAAGAACUAAUAGAAGAAUCUUAAAAUGGUUAAGAGAUUGGUCACCAUUGGUUUUCAAGGAACAAAUAGGUAAGAUACCUUCAUUUAAUGAAAAUGAACAAGAUCAAGAAAUUGAUCCAUUAAUGAGACCCAAGAGAAAAAUUCUCUUAAUACAUGGACCACCAGGAAUUGGUAAGACUUCUGUGGCUCAUGUAGUUUGUAAACAAGCUGGAUUUCAAGUAUCAGAAAUUAAUGCAAGUGAUGAACGUGCAGGUCAAGUGGUUAAGGAUAAAAUUCAUAACACUUUGUUUAAUAAUACAUUGCAUAAGAAACCUGUAUGUUUGGUUGCUGAUGAAAUCGAUGGUAGUGUAGAAAAUGGGUUUGUUAGAGUAUUGAUUGAUAUUAUUAAUAAAGAUAUUAAAGCUACAAAUAAAUUAAGAUAUAUGCAAGCUAAUGGAAAUGGUAAUAAUAGUAAUGGUACCUUUAAAUCAAAGAAUAAGAAAAAGAAAAAGAAAAGCCCGAAUUUAUUAUUACGUCCAAUUAUUGCAAUUUGUAAUAAUAUCUAUGCACCUGCAUUAGAAAAAUUAAAACCAUAUUGUGAAAUUGUUGCCUUUAAGAGACCUUCAGAUUCAGCGAUACAAGAAAGAUUGCUUGAUAUUUGUGAUAAAGAGAAAUUGCCUUUACCAGUAAAGACAUUGAAUGAUUUAAUCGAUCUUUCACAAGGUGACGUUAGAAAUUGUAUCAAUAAUUUACAAUUUAUGGCCACUCAGAAUAAAUAUAGAAAUGGUAACUUCAAAGGAUCAUUAGAAGGAAAUAGUAAUAAUAAUAAUCAUUCAAAUACAUGGGAAUCUAGUGGUAAAGAUUUAUCAAUGUCAUGGUUCUUAUUGGUGAAUAGGUUAUUUAAGAAGGAUCCUCAUACAGAUGUUAAAGAACAAUUUAAAAAAUUAUUACAUGAAGUAGAGAUGAAUGGUAAUUAUGAUAGAAUCUUACAAGGUUGUUAUACGUUAUUCCCAUCUGUAAAAUAUUCCGAUAGAGGUGUACAAAAACCAAAAGAUGUUGCAGAUUGGUUAUAUUUCCAUGAUUUAAUGAAUCAAUCAUUAUAUCACCAUAAUGGUGAAUUAAUACGAUAUUCAUCUAUUGUUCCACUUGUAUUCUUCCAAAAUUUUGGGGAUAUUGCUAAUAAAGAAGAUUUAAGAAUUCAAAAUGUUGAAUUUCAAAGUCGUGAUAUUAGCAGAGCGAAUAUUGAUAUUGCAAAUCUCAUAAUAUCUCAUUUAUCGGUUGAGGCACCUGGAGUUGCAGCCUUUGUUGAUAAAAAUUCAUUAAUCUUUGAAAUAUUACCAUACGUUGAUUAUAUGAUUUCAAGUGAUUUAACUAGAUUGAAAAAUUUAAAGAUCAAAAAUGUUAUAGCAACAUCAUUAUUGGCAAUCCUAAAAGAAUUUCAUUUGGAAUUGUUGCAAAUACAACAAAAAGCAUCUGAAAGUAGACCUGUAUUGGGUAUUAGCCCUCCGAUAGAUAAAAUUGUUCUUUUGAACCCUCAAAGAGUUAAGGAGCUUACCACAAAGAGACCCUUAACAUAUAAUUUGUUGUUAGCAAAAUACCAAGAGCAGCGUGUUUUGAAAAGACAUAUAUCAGAAGCUACAAAGGAGAAAAAAGUUAUUGAAGAGAAUAAAAAUAAGAAACAAAAGACUAGCACCAACUCAAUUGAGUUUUUUAAAAAUCAAUAUGGAAAUAUGAACAGUACGCAACAAUCUCAACAACAAAAUACUACUUCUAAUGGGAGUCUCGCAGGUCAAGAAAAUAAUUCUUCAGAAGCUCAUGAGAAACUGAGAAUUUGGGUGAAAUACAAAGCGGGAUUUUCCAAUGCAGUUAGGAAGAAUGUGUCAUGGGAUGCUCUUUGGCAUUAA